AUGUCAAAUGUUUAUGUUCUCAUAUUGCUUCUUGGGCUCUUGGCUAUUACCAAUACCCCUUCUCUUGGUCAUGAACUAGAAGAUGAUGUGAUGUGGAAUAUCGGUUCACAAAUCAAGCAUCACCACCACCAUCACCAUGAACAUAAGCAUGAUUGCCCUCCUUCCCACCACCAUCACCACGCUCCAUCUCCUCAUGCUCAUCCUCCAAGACACCAUGGCCAUGCUCCUGCUCCUACUCCUCAAUAUGCUCGUUCUCCAAGUCACCACGAUUAUGCUCCUGUUCCUACUCCUCAAUAUGCUCAUUCCCCAAGACACGAUGGUCAUGCUCCUGUUCCUACUCCCCAACAUGCUCAUUCUCUAAAACACCAUGGUCAUGCUCAUUUGCCAAAACAUCAUGGUCAUGCUCAUUCUCCAAAACACUAUGGUCACGCUCCUGCACCCACUCCCCAACAUGCUCAUUCUCCAAGUCAUCAUGGUCAUGCUCCUGCCCCUACUCCUCAACAUACUCAUUCUCCAAGACAACAUGGUCAUGCUCCUGCUCCUACUCCUCAACAUGCUCAUUCUCCAGAACACUAUGGUCAUGCUCAUUCGCCAAAACAUCAUGGUCGUGCUCAUUCUCCAAAAUACUAUGGUCAUGCUUCUGCACCCACUCCUCAACAUGCUCAUUCUCCAAGACAACAUGGUCAUGCUCCUGCCCCUACUCCUCAAUAUGCUCAUUCUCCAAGUCACCACAAUCAUGCUCCUGUCCCUACUCCUCAAAAUGAUCAUUCUCCAAAACAACAUGGUCAUGCUCAUUCGCCAAAACAUCAUGGUCAUGCUCAUUCUCCAAAACACUAUGGUCACGCUCCUGUACCUACUCCCCAACAUGCUCAUUCUCCGAGUCAUCGUGGUCAUGCUCCUGCCCCUACUCCUCAACAUGCUCAUUCUCCGAGACACCAUGGUCAUGCUCCUGCACCUACUCCUCAACAUGCUCAUUCUCCUACACACCAUGGUCAUGCUCCUGCACCUACUCCUCAACAUGCUCAUCCUCCAAGACACUAUGGCCAUGCUCAUUCUCCGAAACACCAUGGUCAUGCACAUUCUCCAAAACAUCAUGGUCAUGCUCAUUCUCCGAAACAUCAUGGUCAUGGUCAUGCUCCAAUACCUGCUCCUUAG